ACUGUACUUGUUUUAUUAAAAGGGAAUAAGUCAAUAUUGAAAUUCUAAAAAACAAAAGAAGGGGGGGGGUGAGGAUAAGCAAGCACCUUCAAAGUCACUGGAGGGGAAUAGUUCCGUUUGUUUGUACAAACAAUCUAGUUUAUAUUGACUUGGAAAGUUACAUGAAACAUAAAUCGACUAAAAGAGGGUCAAUUUCUUGGCUUUCUUUUUGUAUGAUUUGUUUAUUAUUCUCUGUGCACGACUCAUUUGUUUGUAUUCCAAAUCAUGUGUAUUUUGUAGCAACUUGUUAUGGGGUCAAGAAGAUUUCGUGCCAUGACGUAUCAAAAGAAUGGUUCGAGUUGAUGAAUGUUGCACUAUUUGUUGUCACUGUUUCGUUUAAAAAUGCUUUGUGUUUCAUGCAGAUAUAUCAGAAUGUGUGAACAAAUGAUGUCAGUAAUACACUUUUUCCUUGGUCUUUAUGUUCCAGUGAUCUAGCAAACUAUAAAAUAGUAAGUGUUUUCUUUAGCAAAUAAAAAAAAAAAGAAGUUAAAUAAAGCACACGGGUUCUUAGCGCUUGUUUACAAAGGAAUUUUUGCAUAAAUCGAUAGAAGCCUGCCAUUUUCUGCCUAUGUAUAAUGAAGUAUUUGCACAUAAAUAACAAUGAUUUAGUAGUAUAUAAUGUACUUUUGUUGUUAGUUGAGAAAUAUUCAUACUGAAAAA